AUGACAUUGGUCUUCGAAGCUCGACAGUUGCCUUUUGGCAGCAUCUAUGAGGCGUACGCGGCCCCCAUCCAGCCCAUCCUAGCCCUCCACGCGCUGGACAAGCUACCUCUGUGGGAUCGCUGCAUGCUGGCAGCGGUGCUGCCUGUCGUGCAACAGCGCCACUUGGCCGGCGCCGCAGCAACACCGUCAUCGACGGUGGUGCGACCACCACUCACGGUGGACGGUGGCGAUACCGCAGAUGCCGCCGCCGCCGACGCUUCCUUGUCUUCUACAACGAUACGAGCAGCGAAUCAUGAGGAGAGGGUCAAUGCGUCACCAGAGCUGGCGGGAGCGCCGUCCCUCGAGGAUGUCACGCUGGCAUUGACCAUUGUGCGCGCCCUGGAUGAGCUGGAGGUGGUGUACGACUCCAGCGUCAGUACACGCGCGGAGCUGAAACAGCAGCGGCAGCAGCACCAGCACCAGCUGUCGGUACCCGCAGCCUCCCUUGCGGAGGCGCCGCGCCGCGCCUUCAAACAGCCGACGAAGACGUCCGAAGAGCUUCUCAUGGAGCAGCUCCUACAGGAACGCAUAUUUGGCGCGGUCCCACAUCUCCCGGAGAGCAGCGACGAGGAUGGCGAGACAAGCAUCGAAGCUUCGGUUGACGUCGCCAUGUGCUUCACUGUCAAGGGCGAGAGCCUGGGCAUCGGGACCGCGAAUAUAUUCGGCGGCCAUGGAUAUCACCCCUGA